AUGGUAGAAGUUCUUCAAGAUUUCAGUGAAGAGGGAGGUGUGACCGUUGUGCCAUUAGUUCAAGUCCCAGGAUUCAUAACUGUCUUUCGACGCCUUCCAAAACAGAGGACAUUCCCAAGGAACGAACUGUUCAGGUUCUCGCAUCAGGUACCUUCUCAUUUUCUUACAAGUCAAGAUGGUGAGAAUGCUCCUGAAGGUUGCUUGGAGCUUGAUCCAGCAGCUUUGCCACAAGAGCUGCUCAAGAUUGUCACUAAGGAGGAGAUGAAAGAAUCGGAGAAUGUGGUCAUCAAGAAACCAGAGGAAGAGGCUAAUGAGGUAGUGCAAGCUAUGAACAAUGUUGGAAUUGAUGAUGAAGCAAAGAAGAAGCUUGAAACUGUGGUCAAGAAACCAGAGGAGGAAAUGGAAAGUGACAAAGUGAAAUGGUAGAGAUCAAUUUUCUUAAGAAACCCUGUUUUGUUUUUCCUUUUUUUCUUUCUAGAUGUUUAUUCAAGAAACUACAAUA